AUGUUCUACAGCUACGAACUCCUCACCAGUCGCAAGCAUGGCGUCGCGACGGUUUGGCUUGUUGCCACUCUAGGCUCCAAAUCCAACCUCAAGAAAGUGACGCGCAAAGCCAUCUUGGAUGUCGAUAUUCCUAAGGCCUGCGACACCAUCACCGAUCCUGAGGCUCCACUGGCCCUCCGUCUGCAGGCUAGCUUGCUCUAUGGCGUCUCGCGCGUCCAUUCGCAGCAAUGCAACUAUGUCCUCAGCGAUACUCAGAGCUUCCGCGACAACUUGCGAGGCAUCACACAAGUAAUGAAGGAACUCGAGAUCGACCCUGAUGCUGGUCGCACCAGGCCGGACCAGCUCAACAUCCCUGAGGAUCCCGGUUUCAUACCUGAUCUCGAUCUCAACUUCGAUCUCUCUGCCUUUGACAUUCCUUCCGACCGCAGCAGUUCUCGUGCCUCCAGCGUCCUAUCACCUCAUACUCCAGGCUCCAGCAGGACAAGUCUCGAUGCCAUCGAGCUCGAGGAAGAGGCCGACAUGGCUCUCGACAUUCCCUCUCUUGACACUCCGAGCGGCUAUGGAGGCUUCACCCCUAACUUGAGGCUCGGCUCUAGCGUUGGAAUUGGUAGCAUCACCAAAGCUACGCCUCGGCCUCCAUACGAAGAAUCUCCAAUCAUCGAUGAUCCAGAGUUCGAAAUCGCCGAGGAUGGUAGUCUCGUAGCUGUCGAGAGACCACAGACCGGAGCCCGCGAGCACCACACUCCCGCAGGAAGAGCCACCAGUGAGUCAGUCAUCAGUGCGAGAGUAAGAGAUGAGCACGCAGUGGGGAGCACGGAGCAGAACGGUCCGCGGUACAACGAGUACGACGACGGCAUGAUGGUGCUCGGUGAAGACGAUGAGUCUCGUCUUCCUCCAGCUUUGCCGUUUCCCACCGCAGUACUCGCCAGCACUCAGCAACCUGAGCAGAUCGAGCAGUCCAUCCAACAUGGCUCAUCCCCUUCCCAGCAGCCUCAGGGUACGUCUACAGAGACCGCUGAAGCACCACAGCGCCGCGCUCGACCUCUCAAGCGCGUGCAGAUGGAUCUCCGUACGGAGCUUCAAAACAAGGAUUUGGGUGAUUGGAGCAACAAUUACCUCGAUAACAUGCGCGACUUGACUCGUGCCAAGAACCAAACCCGUUCAACAGCUCAGGCCAAGAGAAACGCUGCCUUUUGGGUGCUCGGACAAGGUCUAGGUCGCGUGCAGACCACCUUCGGUGAAGAUCGAGCUCCGCACCCACUGGCUAUUUUCAGCGGCCAAGCUUUACUUGAUGCUCUACUCUGCCCAGAUGCUCUCGAAAGCCCUACUGGAUCAAAGAGAUCGCGGAGUAGAUCUGCUGAUCGUGAGGAUGAGCGUCGCGUUCGAACUAGAGUCGCUGAAGACGAAGAGAUCGGACGGGGUGCAGACAAUGGUGGUCAGAUCAUGGGCUUUGACGACGACGACGACGGCAUCAUAAUGCAAGGGGACGACUUCAAACUGGACAGUGAAAUUGGCCGACGCGCAGGAUCAUCAAUUUCAGACGUCGCAUCAAUUCUACCAUGGAACCGUUCAACAUCUCGUCAAGGCUCAGCCCAGCCGUUUGGCAGUGCCGGCUUCGGAAUUAGCUCUAGCAUUGGUGGUCCCAGAAGCGGCAUGAAAAUUGGCUUUGAAUCUCUAGUAGGUGGCAUACGUUCCAGGCUGUACUCAGCGAGUCCACUUGUUGGCAAAGGUCGACCUCUGAUGGAUCUUGAUGAUCUCAUGGAGAUGGCCCGACAGGGCGACAUGGGCGGCGCAGAGGGUCUUGAAGAGCUUGCCAGCUUCGAGCAAUAUGGCCCAGCAGCUGCAGUCGACACGCAAACUGCAGCUCAAAGUCAGUGGAUGCGGGUCACACUCGAGAACGAAGCGCAGAACUUCCUGGAUUUCGUCGAGGCCCAGUUGCUGAAGAGAAGAGAAAAUGGCGAGCCAGGUGACUCGGUGACGUUGGAUGAAUUGCUGCCGCCCAUGGACAAUACUGGCAUCGUGGCGGCGCAGGCCCUGCUCCACGUACUUUCACUGACGACGAAAGGCUUGCUCGAGGUGGAGCAAGAGGAAGCGUUUGGAGCGAUCGUCUUGAACAUGGUGUAUGUUAGCGCGAACUCCGAUCGUGGCGCAGACGGCGAAGUUGGUCAUCAGCCCGCCGGUACCACACGCACGAGUGACGAGGGCGACGAGAUGGAAGCCGAGCCCGACGAGUUGUGA